GAGCAAGAAACAUCUUUGUGAUUGUGAUAGAAAAGACCCUACAAACACCAUUGAUCAUGUCGCCGACGGGAUCCCCGGCGAACGGAAGAGUAGAAAGGCAACCGACAGCGAUGCCCUCCUCCGUAGAUCUUUUCCUUUUCGCUAUCCUAGAGUUCUUCCUUGCGAAAUAUGGCUGCCCCUUAUUGGCCACCUUACCCGUCUUGUUCCUGGCGUUAUGGGCCUUAAUGAAGGAGUUGUCGUCUAAUGACAAGGCUGAUGAUGUCGCCGUCGAUGGUGGUCGCGCCGACGUCAGUGUUGGCGGCCAGCUGCCGCCAUGUCAUGAUGAUGGUGGUAAAGAGAUGAUUAGGGAAGCGCUGAUGAGUUGGGAAGAGGAAGUGAUGGUCAUUGAAGCACAACUGUUGGGGCCCAGGAAGCCGUCAAACAUUUUCACCGCCGACUCCAUCGUCCGAAUUGCAUGGAAGGCACUUCCACGGCUGCCGCCGCUGCCAAUGCCCGCGCUCAGGGAUAAUUACUAUGGGUUAAUGUUAUGUGAUAAAUAUUUUUUAGAUGUGUUCGUUGGUAGAUUAUAGACUUAUAGUCGGUACAUUAUUGGUAUUUGAGUUACAUUAUGACUGUAUUAAUUGAUACAUAUAUACAUAUACCCAUUCGGUUUCUCUUAUGAAGUGAUAUUGUCAUGUAUUAUUUUUGUCCUUUGGGGUAAUUAGGACUCGUUACAUAUAAAGUCCUAAUUAUAAGAUGUAGAAAAAGUGAUUGUUCCAAAAGGUUAUAAUUUUCGCACUAACGUGAUCGUGCUAAAGUGUGCGACAAUCAGUUAUAAAGUUGCUCUAUUCUCAAAUAGAUACUCAAUUCUUUGACCUAGUAAUUGAACGAUAAGACAACCAAUACCAUUGUGGUUGUGAAUUCGCAUUUAUAUGAGCAUUGUGUAGUGAAGUCCAAAUUCAAAUAUACUUAAAGAGUUCCU